AAUUGAAGUGAGCCCUGAGAGUCUCUUAUCUGAUCUUCAACUGACAAGACGCCAAGCAAGCCAGGAAGGCUCAAGCACCUCCCUCACAGCAGUCCCCCUCCGUCCAGAAAGCGACUUUCGGCACAAUUAGUGCUGCGCCAAGAUUCUCUAAAGCAGCUCAGAGGACCGGCAAAAUUUCUAUCCUUGAGGAUCUUGAGUUUGCGGAGGCCGAAAGCAUGGGUGCGGGAGCCAGUGCAGAGGACAAAAAGUCCAAGGAGUUGGAAAAGCAACUUCAGGAGGAUGCUGACAAGGACGCCAAGACGGUCAAAUUAUUACUGCUUGGUGCUGGAGAGUCAGGGAAAAGCACCAUCGUCAAGCAAAUGAAGAUUCUGCAUCAAGGCGGUUACACAAAAGAGGAACAGCUUGAGUUCCGAGCCAUCAUUUAUGGCAACAUCCUGCAGUCGGCUCUGGCUAUCAUCAGAGGCAUGGAGAUUCUGGGCAUUGACUUCGGUGCUCCCUCUGCACAGGAGACCGCUCAGAAGCUACAAAACUUGUCCGACUCCAUCGAGGAAGGUACCAUGCCUGCUGAGCUGGCUGACGUCAUCCAGAAGUUGUGGAAAGACUCCGGCGUGCAGGCCGGAUUCGAAAGAGCUGCUGAGUACCAACUCAACGACUCUGCUGGCUAUUACCUCAAUGAAAUGGACAGAAUCGGCAAACCUGAGUACCUCCCCACUGAGCAGGAUGUGCUGCGAUCUCGAGUCAAAACAACUGGUAUCAUUGAAGAACAGUUCUCCUGCAAAGAGUUGUAUUUCAGGAUGUUCGAUGUGGGAGGCCAGAGGUCAGAAAGAAAGAAGUGGAUCCAUUGUUUUGAGGGUGUGACCUGCAUCAUCUUUUGCGGCGCCCUCAGUGCAUAUGACAUGGUGCUGGUAGAGGAUGACGAAGUGAACCGCAUGCACGAGUCCCUCCAUCUAUUCAACAGUAUCUGCAACCAUAGGUUCUUUGCGCUGACCUCCAUUGUUUUGUUCCUCAACAAGAAAGAUCUUUUUGAGGAGAAGAUCAAGAAGGUCCACCUGAGCAUCUGCUUUCCAGACUAUGACGGUUCAAACACGUAUGAAGAUGCCAGCAACUACAUCAAGGCGCAGUUUGAGGAACUGAACAUGAAGAAGGGCGUGAAAGAAAUCUACUCCCACUUGACUUGUGCCACAGACACAAGGAACGUCGAGAUUGUGUUCAACGCUGUCACAGACAUCAUCAUCAAGGAGAACCUUAAAGACUGUGGUCUCUUCUAAGCAGCUUUGCGGUCACCCCAGAACUUAAUUUGGCCCCUCCCACUCUGACAUUGAGCGUGCUGAUGGAGCACCAGGGAUCCACCAAGGUUUGUUGCGUUCAUGCCAGCGCCUCCAUGCCAAGUCUAUGACUGCUCCUCUAAGAAGCACAUCUUCAACAAUUACAUCCUGCAAGUAGAGCAGGGUCGAGAGUCAACCUUAAUGGACAUGCAGGUUUUUACUGUUUUUUCAGUUGCAAAUACUAGUAGCAUCUGGUAUUCGAAGAUGACCUCAUCGCUCCCCUUUGACUACUAUUAUCCCUGAGACCAGCAAUGAAAGAAAAUACAAUGAACCCAGAGUUAAAGAUUAAUGUUUUGUGUAGCAUCAUCGCUUCCUUGUUUUUGUUUUCGAGUACAGUAGUCGCUGUGGUCUUGAUAUUUAAACUGUAAAAUGUUGCUGAGAAAGUAUAUUGCAUAUGCCUGCAGAAUAUCGAGAUGACAAACCAAAUUGUAAUAUAAUUUAAAUAGCGUUGAUGUUUUCAAUUCACCCAACAUUUUAACCGAAGAAAUGUAUUUCUGACGGUCAAACGUGUUAGACAAACUUUGUACAUAAGAGUAGUUAAUUCAUUAUAUUUUGAACAAUAACGAUAACAUUUGACAUGUAAAUGGUUAUAUACAGAUCAUAUACAGUAUAUUUAUACAAAUAAAUAAAACAGAGAGAGGGGAAUAGUACAAAGGAGUGAUGCUUUAUUAAUGAAAAGGGAAUGCAAAGCUACAGUUGAUCCUUUCUUAUGAAAUGUAGAGGCAUGUAUUAAAGCUGCAUUAACUUCA